AUGAGCAUCGCCUUGAAGCACAUCCCCUGUCCGGCCGGCGACAAAUGCACUGCGUUUCAGUGCAUCUUCGGCCACGCGAGUGAUCAGGUGCAAGAGGCGCCUUCAACCACAGCACAGGGUAGCAGCAGCCAAAAGUUAGCUCGGGCCAUUGACCAUGAUGCAUCAGAUGGACCGAGAAAGCGUCUCAAGGUCGACCAAGGAGAUGCCGUAAAUACUGCACGCGACGCAUCCCAGCAAGGUGCGGGAAUGAAGGACGAGACCACGAAAGGGCCCGCGAAACCUCUUACUGCCACCCGGCCCGUGUCACCACCGCCACUCUCGCGAGCCCGUUCAUCAAGCACAGCGACUGCUGAGGUCACGCCCCGAGCGUCCCUUGUCCCGCCUAAGAAGGUUGCCACAGCAGCUGUUACCGGAUCAAAAGCGUCAGCAUCUGCAUCUCCUGCUCCGAAGAAAAAGGCAGAGAGCCUCAACCCCCGCCUGCUGAAGAGUUCGCCUGCCAGCCAUGAGACACGCCUCAAACUCCUGCGUCUGAUGCAUGGCGAGCUUGUGCGGCUGAACACAGAGAUCAAGAAGGAUGCCAGUGAAGAAGAGCUCCGUAUUGUCCUCUCUGACCAGGAACUCAUCAUCAGAGCCCUCGACGAAGAGCAAAAGGCGGCCGUGGAGAAGCCCGCCGUCUACCCCAAUGUGAUGAAGAACAAGGUCAUGCAGUACAAACGCAUGGGGGCUGCACAGUGGAAGUUGGAAAGGGAGAAAGAGGUGCGCGGCGCUCAGCAGAAGCCAGACGGCGGAAGCCAAUCGGACGGCCCCCCCAAGAAGAUCGAGACAGGCUUGCCCCAUGCCAAGGAGGUUGAGCUUCUCCGACGCAUCAUCACACCCAUACUGAACCUAUCCAACCAUGGCUACGUUCCAGCUGUUCCAAAGGAGGAGGCUAUCGAAGAAGCUCGGAAAGGGGUCGAGGCAGCCAAGGGGUGGGAAGUAUGCGAUCGCUGCCGCCAACGAUUCCAGGUCUUUCCCGGACGACGCGAAGAAGAUGGAGCACUCACGUCCGGAGGAUCAUGCAACUUUCACUGGGGCAAGACAUAUGUCCCACCCAAAGCGCCUGGCGACAGAAGCAGGGUGGCCAAGAGGUAUCAGUGCUGCGGCCAGGAGGUCGGCGAUUCGGUGGGCUGCACCACCCACGACUACCAUGUGUACAAGACUACGGACGCAGGAAGGCUGGCUGCGGUUCUUAACUUUGCCGAAACGCCCGCCAACGAUCUUGCCCCGACCGACAGGGCAGUCUGUUUUGACUGCGAGAUGGGCUACACGGUCCACGGCAUGGAGCUGAUACGCCUCACCGCUACUGCAUGGCCCACGGGUGAAGAGCUCUUGGACGUACUAGUUCAGCCUCUUGGAGAAAUCCUGGACCUGAACUCUCGGUACUCUGGCGUUUGGCCCGACGACCUGGCCCAAGCUCCGUCGUGGGCCGACGCCACUGACACGACGCCAUCUAAGAGCGGCGAAGAGACAGGAAGCGAAGAAGGCGAGGUCAAGCCGGCCAAGAAGAAGCUCAAAAAGGUGUCGUCUCCUGAAGUAGCGAGAGAUCUUCUUUUCUCGCUGAUUUCGCCCUCGACCCCUCUCGUUGGCCAUGGCCUGGAGAACGAUCUCAACGCCGUUCGCGUUGUGCACCAAACCGUCGUUGACACGGUGCUCCUAUAUCCGCACAAGGCCGGACUGCCCUACCGGUACGGCCUCAAGAAGCUCAUGCAAGAUCAUCUGAACCGCAAGAUCCAACAGGAGUCGGGACCCAAGGUUCUGGGACACGACUCGGCGGAAGACGCGCGGGCGGCCGGCGACCUGGCGCGGCUGAAGGUGAUGAAUCUCUGGCAGGAUAUGCGGCGUGCGGGAUACAAGCUCGUCGAUGGCGAGAUGGUGGCACCGGGAACGAGCGGCAAGGAUGGAGGCUUGACGGAGGAGUUUCUUGAGAAGUAG